AUGUCGAACAGUCCGCGAAAAUCAAUUGAUAGCCUGGCAUCAGGGGUUUCCUCGCCUUCGAUUUCAUAUUCAACAGGCCAGUUGGAGUCUCCCCGCGUGCCCCCUCAACGAUACCCCCUGAGGAGGGGAUCAACGGCGAGCUCUAUCGUGAGCAUUGGAGGAGUGCUGGACUCUUCUCUCCAUCAUGGCUCGAUUGCCGAGUCAGGUCAGAAUGCCAUUUCGACCCUCCUCCAGCCUCCGAUCAUCCGCACCGGUCUUACGGCUCAGAGUGCGGUAUCAAAUCCCGGCUUCAAGCCCCCAUCAUCCCGCGACAUACCCCCGGUUACCUUGACAAACAUCACACGUGUAGACCCGAAGGUGUUCCAGCCGUACUUGGAGCAAGUGGGCUCAUUAUAUGAUGUAUUCCAACAACCGAAAGAAGGCGCAAGCGAGAAUACCCAGUCCAAACAGACCGCCAGGUCCCCUAAGCCAGACUCUGAUCGCGAUUCCUUGAUGCCAUGGUCUCCGGAGCGGAGAUCCUCGGUCCUAUCGACCGGUUCACGACCAUCCUCACCCUAUGAUACUCGUGGUCGACGCUCCUCUGGCGGCCGUGGCCGCGGUCCCGCUGUAACCCCUCUUUCCACGAUUCCUCCGGUAUACUUCGACGAGGGAUUCCACCUGGAAAAUCCUCGCACAUUCGAUGUGAUAUCAGAGAAAUCCGACGUGGUUCGGCCGCCGAGGCCGCCGACCAAGGAUGAAGCAGGUUCCAACGGAAGCGCCCUAGAGCCACUUCAAACUGGCAGAAAAGCACUAGCAACAAAUGCCAUUCUUCAAGAAAAGCUGUCCUGGUACAUGGAUACCGUGGAGAUUCAUCUAAUUUCGUCUAUUUCAACGGCCUCGAAAUCUUUUUUCACUGCAUUAGGGUCGCUUCGAGAGCUACACGCGGAAGCGGCUGACUCUGUGAACCGGAUACAACUGCUCAGGAAGGAUCUGCAAAAGAUCGAUAAGGAGAUGGCUUUGGGCGGACUUAAGAUUGUCAACUUGCGACGACGGAGAGAUAAUGUACGGAUGCUGGCUGCCGCCGUGGCACAACUUCGCGAUGUGGUUGACUCGGUUUCUCGAUGCGAGGAACUCGUGGAACAGGGAGAUAUCGAGGAAGCUUCCGACGGACUUGAGGAAGUCGAAAAACUGAUGGCCGGCGAGAAAAUUUCUGAUCAAGCCGCUGCAGAGGAUGCGGAGCAGGAAGAGAAUGCCCCCAGGCGUCUUAUUGAUUUACGAGGUAUCAAGGCGUUAGAAGGAGCCUCAGAGGAUCUCGCACAAUUACGCCAGCGCAUUGGCAUGGGCUAUGAAGCCAGAUUCUUGAAUGACUUACUAGGAGAUUUACGACAGCAUGUCAAAAUUGUGCCAUCGGAUGUUACACUUCAGCGCUGGGGAGCUUCAUUCCAGCGACAACGGGGUGCCAAUCGAUCCGGAGUAUCGGUCUCGCCUGCGUACAUGAACUUCAAUAAUGAGCUACGAUCUCAACUGGAUACCCAGCUCAAUGGACUUGCUCGAUCCCGGUACACGAUGUCGGCGGCGACCUCUUUCAAGACUGCUGUUCUGCGAGAAAUGAAAGGCCUCAUUCGCAAGUAUCUACCCAGCUCCAGCGACGACGAUAAUGAAUCUAUGGUUUCGCUGUCAACGCAUGGCGGCCAGCAACUAAGUCAGCAAGAGAAAUCGUCAAUUCUUGCUCGCAAUCUGCGCGCGCUCGAUCCGGACGAUGCUUACGCAAUGUUGGUCAACGUGUACACUGGAAUUAGCGAAUCUCUCCGACGACUCAGCGUUCAAGUCAAGAUUCUCCUCGAUAUCGCCAGUGGAUUGGGAAAUUCCCCAACGUCCGGGGUUAAAUCGCCGCCACGAAGCCCAAAUCCAGCAAGCCCCAACCCGCAAAGCUUAGAUCAGGCUAUCAAGUCUCCACCGAUUGGCCCGACGGCUUCUGACAUGGCCCAGGAUGAGAUCCUCCAGGUCUUGGACAUGUCAAGUCUACUCGGUCAAGCAGUUGACAUUGCCCAGUCCCAAAUAACAAAGGUGUUGAAAGUUCGAUCAGAGCAGACCGCCCAACUUUCAAAAGAGCAAUUCUUACAAUACUUCACCCUUAACCGAUUGUUCGCUGAUGAGUGUGAGGCCAUCUCGGGGCGCAGUGGUACUACUCUCAAGACUAUCGUUGGCAAUCAAAUCCGUGAUUUCAUCAGCAGGUUUGGUGAUAGCCAACGCCAUCAAAUUGUUAAAGUCAUGGAUGCAGAUCGCUGGGAUGCACGAGACUUUGGUGACGCCGAAGUCACAAUUUUGACUCGGAUUCUAGAAGCAAGCACUAAUGAUAUCGAUGCCUGGACCGAAAUCUCUAAGAUUUGGAUCCCAACCUCCGGGAAUGAACAAGGCCAAUCUCAAAACGAUGUCGCCGCCAAUGGAACAGACAAAACUAAGGUUCGGACUGCCGUUAUCGACGAGCAGAAGUAUAUUCUGCCUGACUCUGCUCUCGCGAUGAUGCGCACUAUAGAGGAGUUCGAGUUCCUCAUGGCAAAUAUCCCCAGCAUGAUGCAAGACAUUGCACCUCACCUACUAGAUAUCCUUAAGUUGUUCAACUCUCGGUCGUCGCAAUUGAUUCUCGGAGCCGGUGCUACACGAAGUGCUGGUCUCAAAAAUAUUACAACCAAACAUCUUGCCUUGUCAUCGCAAGCACUGAGCUUUGUGAUCGCUAUGGUACCUUACGUACGAGAAUUUGUGCGACGCUCCGGACAGGCUAACCCACUAAUGGCCGAGUUUGACAAAGUCAAGCGACUGUGUCAGGAACACCAGAGUGGCAUUCACGAGAAGCUUGUGGAUAUCAUGAGCUCGCGAUCAUCGGUCCAUGUCAAUGCCAUGAAGAAGAUCGAAUGGGAUGCCAAGGCUGGCUCCCCCGCUGUGCACCCUUACAUGGAGACACUGGCCAAGGAGACGGGCACUUUACAUCGGGUCUUGAGCAAGCAUCUCCCAGAUAUGACUGUUAGCAUGAUCAUGGUUCCAGUUUUCAACAACUAUCGGGAACAAUGGACCAAAGCUUUUGAACUGGCAGAGGUGCAGACUGAAGCCGGAUUGAAGAGUAUGCAAGCCGAUGUUGAGCACUUCCGAACGAAGCUGAGCAAAAUCGAAGGGGCCAGCGAAGUCGGGGACAAGCUUCUCGAAGUCGUCAAAGCCAAGACUAUUGUCAGUGAACCCGAGAGUUCAGAGCCGACUAGCGAGAAAGAGGCACAGGACCAUGGAUCUGAAUCCCCCAAGUCCUAG